UAGCGGAUUAAACUGUUCAUGAUCACACUCCCUCACCCGCCGCUCAAACGGGAUGAAGUACAUCAAAAAUCUUCGCCGUUGUGCAGUUUCCUUUACGCGAAGUAUAGUAGAGGAGAGCGAUGUCCCGGCCAGCUGCUAAAUUCCUGGACAAGAUAAAUCUCCAGGAACAAAUAAAGGUGUGACAACCACUGGCGGUGCAUAGGGGGUCUGUGUGUGUGUGUGUGUGUGUUUAUGGUUGUGUAUGUUCAUGAGUGAGUGGCAUAGCAGUUGGGGGUUGUAACGUGAUGCCAAGAUGCUGCUGUCCUUGGGAAUGCUGAUGCUGUCGGCCACGCAGAUUUACACCAUCUUCACCGUUCAGCUCUUCGCCUUCCUCAACCUGCUGCCUGUGGAGGCCGACAUCGCUGCUUACUCGUUUGAUAACAAAACUGAGAACUUUGAUGACUUGCCUGCACGGUUUGGCUAUCGUCUCCCCAGCGAUGGACUGAAGGGCUUUCUGAUUGGUGCACGGCCAGAAAAUGCGUGCGAGCCCAUCGAGCCCCCUCCGAGGGACAACUUGACGGGCGCCUUCAUCGUCCUCAUCAAGCGAUUUGACUGCAACUUUGACAUCAAGGUCCUCAAUGCCCAGAAAGCGGGAUACAGGGCAGCCAUUGUUCACAAUGUGGACUCCAAUGACUUAAUCAGCAUGGGAUCCAACAAUCUGGAUGUUAUGAAGCAGAUCGAUAUCCCCUCUGUGUUUGUGGGCGAGGAGACCGCCAACUCUCUGAAAGAAGACUACAUAUAUGACAAGGGGGGACAUGUGGUCCUCAUGCCGGACUUCAGCCUGCCGCUGGAAUACUACCUGAUCCCCUUCCUCAUCAUCGUGGGAAUCUGCCUCAUCCUCAUUGUUGUUUUUAUGAUUACCAAGUUUGUCCAGGAUCGACACAGGGCCCGGAGGAGCCGCCUGCGCAAAGAUCAGCUAAAGAAACUUCCAAUUCACAAGUUCAAGAAAGGGGACAGCUACGAUGUAUGCGCCAUCUGCCUGGACGAAUAUGAAGAAGGAGACAAACUCCGUGUCCUGCCAUGUUCUCAUGCCUACCACAGUAAGUGUGUGGACCCAUGGCUGACCAAAACUAAGAAGACGUGUCCGGUGUGUAAGCAGAAGGUGGUCCCCUCACAGGGCGACUCUGACUCUGAUUCAGAGGAGGGGGAGAGCGGCCCUGAUGAGAAUGAGGAAGUGUCUGAGAGCACCCCGCUGCUGCGCUCUCUGGCCUCCACCAGCGCCCACUCCUUCGGCACCAUGUCGGGAGCGUCGCGCUCAGACCCAGACCAGGAGUCCUCUGAGUAUGAGGAUGACGAGCUGGACAGCAGUGACAGCGAUGAAGAGGUCACCGUGGAGACUGUGGUGGUGCAGAUGCAGCAGCCGUGCUCCGAAGGCCACGACCAUGAGCACGACCUGCCCCAAGCUUGACUGAUUGUUGGCGGACCUGAUUGGUCACUAAACCCCCCUCCCCGCCCCCAUCAACCUCACAGCUGCAGAGACUUUUGUUGGGGGCACGAAACUGGUUCAUCAUACGAGUUCUUCUGUCACGGCUUAAAAAUACAUUGUAAUGUAUCCUCCCUACAAGUUUAAAUACAAAUCUAAGUUUUAUUUUUAACAUGAUUAUGGGUAAAGUGCCCGGAUUCCACCUGUGUGACAGGAAGUCGGUGAGCACAUCCCAAGGGCUGCUUGACAGAUCUGACAGGACUGACGACACUGGUGUACAGUAGACUCUUAUACUGUACUGUGUUUGGUCAUGAAGAGAUGAUACACAGAUGUUUUUUUUUUUUUCUGGUUUAGUCACAAGUGGAAAAGUCCCAAUCAUGCGUCACACAAGUACUGUGUAUAUAAAUAAAGUAUAGAUCACAAUAAGUUACAUCUUUACCUUUGAUUAUCUCCUAUCAUGUUUCAGAUGACUGUGAAGGUUCAUUAUUGUACAUACAUGAUCAUGCUAAACUGACACACCCUGAAGCGCUAUGCAGCAUCUCAUUUUUUUUUUUUUUUUUUGUUUUUUGUAAAAAAUAAACUAACAUUCAGCAAAUAUAGAAACAUUAAAAGCCAGAGCAAUAUGGUUUUGCCAAUUUAUUUCUAGCCUGAUGUAUGAUGGAGCCCCGCUGCUCCUGUCUGUGUUUUUUUUUUGUGCCACGGUUUUAUGUGUUACAGUGAUUCACAUUGAGAGAAAGUGAAGCCUCCAUGUGACCUCACGUCGCGUUGUGGGUUACGCUGGUUCACAGUGUGAAGAGACACUCGAGUGAAAACUGUCCACGCCGCCUGUGGUCAACUUCUUCUGGCUGCUCCAGACCUAUCACAUCAUUUAACACAAGCAGUUAUUGGAUGAUAGGCCUUGUAAUACACAUUUAACUGACCUUAUCUCAUUUUAUUACUGUUUAUAGUAAAUAUGCGUUUUUUUUUUUCAUAACAUGGCUUGAUUUCUGUUGACAAAUCCUGUUGCCUUUUUCAGUUGACAUAUUUUGUCUUGUGUUUUCCUGCUCACGUAUGUCUGUUCUCAAUAUGAAUUCACUUCAAUAAACUGAAUAUGACACGUAA